AUGAAGCCAGUUGUGUCGGCGAUGAACGCCUGGUCCUGCGUUGUCAUCUCGGCAUUCGCGAUCGUCAUUCUCUCAGUACUCGGCUCGCUCUAUGGCAGCAACAAUCAUACCGUGAUGGGAUCUGUCAACGACCCUGAAGAUGGCCCCGCCGUGGCCGCUUCUCUGUAUACUGCUGUGAUCGUCUACGCUGCCUUCUUCGUGUUCUGCGGUUUCCAGGCUUGGCUCCACCUUCGAGACAGCCGAGGCGGUGCGAUAUCACUUCGGUAA